CGCGACUCCGGCGCCGGCUGCGGAACUUUGUGGAGUGUGAAAUGAGCGAUGCUGCCGCCGGCGCUCUCUGAUUGGCUGCGCCGGGCCCUCUCUUCGUUCUGAUUGGCCGGCUGCGAACGGAUGAUGCUGAGCAAAAGCCUGAAACGCAAGCGGGAGGAGGAGGAGGAGGAGAGGAAGGAAGACACCUGGUGGCUGGAUCCUGGACACCCCGCAACCACACAGGCCCCCCAAGCUGUGGCCUCUAGCUCCCUCUUUGACCUCUCCGUGCUCAAACUUCACCACAGCCUGCGGCAGAGUGAACCCAACCUGAGGCAUCUGGUGUUGGUCGUGAACACGCUUCGUCGAAUCCAGGCAUCCAUGGCCCCGGCGGCCACCCUGCCUCUCGUGCCCAGCACGCCCAUCGUCGCGCCCAACGUGGUGGACAAUAUGCUGGCCAGCUCAGAUGCCAGCCUCUCGGCCUCCAUGGCCAGCCUCCUGGAGGACCUCAGCCAGAUCGAGGGCUUGAGUCAGGCUCCACAACCCCUGGCGGAUGAGGGGCCGCCUGGCCGCCUCCCUGGGGCAGCAUCCCCUGGCCUAGAUGACUUGGACUUAGUGGACCCCGCCACUGGCUGCCUACUGGACAAUGGGCUGGAGUGUCUGUUUGAAGAUAUCGACACAUCCAUGUAUGACAGCGAACUGUGGGCACCCGCCUCUGAGGACCUCAAACCUGGCCCUGCCGAGGGGCCCAGCAAGGAGGAAACUUCGGAUCUGGAUGAGCUGGACUACCUCAUGGACAUGCUAGUCAGCACCCAGGAACUGGAACGGUUGCCAGGGCCAGGCUGCUGACCUCCUCCAGGACUGGAUGGUUUGUCUGGUGGCCAAGCUGAGCCCUGCCACCCUCUGAAGGGACCUUCCAGUUCAGAGAGGGGAGGCUUCCGACAGACGCAGCCUGGGCACCCCCAGAUGCACAGCCUGGGAACUUGCACCCCCCAGACAUGGCCCGGGAACCUGCACCCCCAGAGCCUCGCAUCCCAGGCUGAGGAGGCCACGCAGGGCUGGCCCUUGGUGUGGAUGACAGCGCCGGGAACUGGAAUGUGAUAUGACCAGACCCUGGACCGGACUGAACCCGCUGUGGUCAGAGUCGGGGACUAUUCUUUCCCUGAUGGGCGAGGAGACCCCCAAACAGUGUUUUGAAAUUAAAAUAAGUU